AUGCUGCAAUCACCAAAAAAUACUGAAAAAUUAAUUAACAACCCUCAAAAUACUAAUCAAAAUAUUAAAAAUAAUUUAUCAUCAUAUAUAAAUCCCUCAAUUUAUUUUUUAAUUAAUUUAUUAUUUAUUUACCAAUUAAUUGUUUAUAUACAAAAUCACAGCCAUUUGGGCGGUCUAGUAUUGUGGGAUACUGCCUUUCUUUUAAUUGUUAAUGCUGAUCCAAGAUAUCCGUUUUUAAGUUGGUUGUUUGGGGAUUGUUCUAAAGAGGAAAUAUUAACAAGAAUAGGCCGUGAAUCGGUCCCAUUACUUCAAAUUAUUGGAGUUGUUGUCUUUCAAGCAUUACUUUUUGUUAAUUUUACUCAUGCUAUUGAAGCUAUAUUUUGUGACGAUUCUACUUCCCUCUACUCUCAACAAUUUAUUACAAUGGUUGUAAUAAAUAUAUUAUUUAAAUUAAUUUUAUUAAUUUUAUUUUCCUCAAAAUUUUCAAUAAAAGAUUUGUCAAAAUUAAAUAAAAUAACAAUUCAUUUUGCUUCUUCAACAAUUAUGUUAAUUCUAUUUUACUUUAAUUGGUUAUUUACUAAUGAAAAUAAUGAAUUAAUUAGUAAAUGGGAUAGAUAUUUUGGGGCUUUGUUUUGCUUUUUGAUGUCUGUAGCUACUUUCAAAAUUUUUCGAAAAAAUCUCCCUUUUCUUUUGUGUGAUUCUCCCGAAGGAAUUGAUGCUAAUGAUUUAAAAGAAGAAAUUGAAAAAGAGUUUAAACAAAUUGAAUGUCGUCAAUUACAUAUUUAUCGAAAAUGGCCAAACAAAACAAGUUUUGAGGCAUUUGUACAUAUCCAAAUAAUUGAUUGUUCGUUUAUGAGAGGAAAUGAAGCAAAAAUAAAAACUGAAGCAAAAGUCGAAAAUGAAGCAGAAACUGAAGUUGAAGCAAAUAAGGAAGUUGAAGCAAAAUCAGAAGCUGAAGCAAAAACGGAAACAGAAGCAAAACUUGAAGCAAGAUCAGAAUGUGAAGCAGAAGCAAAAAGUGAAACUGAAGCAAAAAUGAAAACUGAAGCAGAAGCAAAAGUUGAAGCCGAAACAAAACUAGAAGCAAAAGUUGAAACAAAAUCACACUGUGAAGCAAAAUAUAAAACUAAAGCAAAUUUUCAAACUGAAGCAGAAAUAGCUGAAAGAAACAAAGAAAAUCAUGUGUUAAAAAUAAUGAGUUCAUUAACCGAAUUUUUAUACAAAAGAGGGGCCUUAAAAGUUAAUAUACAACCUUUAAUUAAUUCUAAUAUUUUAUAA